AUGAACAACGACGAUGGGGCCAAGGACCGGCAAGUGGUGGAUGGUGAAGUCGUCUUUGAUGGCUUGGCUUGGUACAUCGUUCAGACUCUGCAGGAGUUCCUGCGGUUCAACAUGGAGCUCCACACUACGGACGAGCAGAUCUGGUCCGGUCGACGUCCUACCGGAGAAUGGGGUGGUCCACUGGGUAUGCUUGAGCGAAAUGAGUCAGACAUAUCGGUGCACCCGGUGAUACCGACAGCCGACCGCCUUACGGUAGGCACCCCACUACCAGCCUAUGCUUACUCCAAUCCACGCUUCUUUGCCGGCACGCCAAAUGCGUACUUGACCAGCGUGUUUGGAUACUUGAGGAGCUUUGAACUCGAGGUGUGGUUGGGCCUGCUGGUCUGUUGGCCCUUGGUCAGCGUCAUUAUCUCCAUCAUUGAAAUGGUGCGGUGUCGAGCUCGCUUCAAUGACAUCAUCGUCGAUAACCUCUUCGACAUCCUUGGGAUUAUGAUGUUUGAAGGCACAAUACGUCCUGUGCGUGACGCUGUGGGCCGUGUGGUCUUCGCCGUGUGGUGGCUGGCGGUACUCGUACUGAUGAACUCUUUCCAAGGAACCAUGAAGGCCAGCAUGAGCGUCAAGACGCCCACCGAGCGACUGGAGACAUUCCGCGAUAUCGCAGAGAGACCUCACCUGAAGCCCAUCCUCAUACGAGGAACGACAUUCGAACAUCAGUUCAAGGUGUCUCCUGAACCGGAGUUACAGAAGAUACUUUCCAUGGCACGGCGACGACGAUCAAUCAUGCCAGCUUCAAUCGUCUUCACGCGUCAGAUUUUCGACGAGAUGAUUGCUGAACGCUCCAUCAUUUUCAUGGAGGACAACGUCAUGCAGAACUACAUCGCUGCUCUAUAUCCGCAGAAGCCAGGGGAGGGCCUGAUCUACCCUUCGAAGCAGCACACCAUAUCUGCCCAGUUCUGCAUGCUGAUGCGCAACACUCUUGAGCCGAGAGUCAAGAAACUAUUCCACACAAGGUGA